AUGGUGGACAACAAGUUUAGCUGGAGGGACCAGAUCUUCCGUACGGCGGACAAGGCUGCUAGGAGUGUCACUGCUCUUAGUAAGCUUAUGGCCAAUGUCGGUGGUCCUCGGUCCAGGCGUAGAAGACUAUUGAUGUCUGCAGUCCAGUCCGUGCUUCUCUACGGCUGUGAGAUGUGGGCACAGGCGCUUAACAAGGAGGCGUACAGGUUGAGGCUCGCACGAGUGCAGCGUCAGGUGGCACUCAGGGUCGCUUCUGCGUACCGUACGGUGUCCGAACCGGCCGUUUUGGUGAUUGCUGGAGUUAUCCCUGUCAAACUCUUGGCAGCGGAGAGGAAGGCAAUCUACCAGAGACAAGGCUACAUCGGAAAGGACGCUGCAAGAACGGAAGAGCGCUCCCGCACUUUUCAGAUGUGGCAAGAAAUCUGGGAAAGGGAGACUCGAGAACGUUGGACCGCCAGACUCAUCAGACAGGUCCAACCGUGGGUGGAACGGCGGCACGGUGAGGUCGACUACUAUCUCACGCAGUUCUUGUCAAGUCACGGCUAUUUUCAGUCGUACCUGCACUUAAUGGCCAAAAAGAAUUCACUUGAAAAAGAACACUUGACACUAUCUUCUUAUGUUGGUGUCUUGAUCUUGAUGUCAGAAUAA